ACCACAAGUUGUCAUCUCUGCGUUUUAACAUGAAAAUGCAUUAGCCAGUCAGUCUCAGUUAGUGUCAGUUGAAGUUAGUGUCAAAAUUUCGUUAUUUUGGGUUUGAGUAAAAAGCUUAACAUCAUAAAUAUUUGCAAACCUUCAGAGUGAAAGCAUUUAGCGGUUUAACGUGCAUUUUAAUAGAGAGUGUUAUAGUGAUUGAGGAAAGGUGCAGAGGUUGGCCAGUUUAAUGCACACCUGUUUUGUAUGAUGAAACUUUCUGAAGUCCUAAAGGCUUUUCGAUUGAUUAAAACUGGAACACACGAUACCACUCAAUUUCAAAAGUAUCAGCCUCAAUCGUCAGUAGUGACAGAAAUGAUCUCCGGCGCCGGCAUAGGACAUCAUCAUCAUCAUCUCCAUCACCAAUCAUCACCGUAUGGACAUCAUGUCCUGGUGAAUCCACACUACGGUCAUCGCGGAUCAAUUCCAGGAGUCGCAUCCGUAACUCACAUCAUACGACACGCUGGCUCUGGUACAAGUGCCAGUGGAUCUUAUGGAGGAAAUCAUCAUGGAUAUCAGUCAAACGACUAUGGGAGUAGUGGUCAUGCGGCACCAGCAGGCUAUGAUUACCACCCAGCUCAUCCUGCACCUCCUGCAGCAGCAGUUCAUGUUCCCAUAGCUGACACUACUGGUCCAGUUCAUUCAACGGGAAAAUCAGGAAAAACUGGUGGUUCAUCGACCAUUACCGCUCUGACACUUCUCUCGUUUCUAUUUUUUCUCAACAUUUUGCAAAGCUGCCUCAAAGAACACAUGGAUACAAUGAAUCCAACAGUUAUGGUGAUGACAGCUGGAGUUGCCAGGACCAGGGUCAGUAAAUUAGCGGAAAUGAAUUCGAGAGAGCAACAAAAUCCCAUUCCACAGUCGGUUCUAACAUUGAACAGAGGCGAACCUGGCUAUGCUGCUGAUGCCUCUGUCAAUGUGCCCAGUCAAACACCCUUUAAUGGUGGCGGAACUAAAGUUGAAUAUAACAGCAACAGACCUGACCCCGAACCAGAGUAUUACCCAGCUUAUGUAAACCGAACGAUGACAUCACUGGUGAAUGAUAAUAAUUACCAUCAAGACCGGUACCAUUACCCAUACCGACAUUACCAGCGCCUACCCGGACCCAUACCCUCUCCGUCACCAUCUUCAUCAUCAGCAUCUUCUUUCUCUUCCGGUUCCAAUUCACCUGUUAGUAAUUACUAUUCGGAGACAAUGGACCCUUACUACACGAGGAUUAAUUGACUGUAUAUGCUACCCACCGUCCA